AUGCUCCGGCCCGCCGCCCGUCGCAGAUGCCUCUAUACCAUCUGCCGACGCCGGUGUCCACUCGAACCCCCAACAAUUAAUUCCACCACACCGACACAAGCCCUCUGCCACGGCGAUUCCAGUCCGGUGAAGAUGGAGAAGGUGAAGGCAAUAAACCGGACUGAUUUGGUGUUGUUGUCGCGGCUGUUGUCGUCUGCCGUUGUUGUCAGCGGCGGCGUCGAGGUGGUUCUAGAAGGGCUGGCGGCGGUGGGGGCCCUAGUCCGGCGAGUCAUGAUCAGCGGCUGCCGGUGGUUGCCGUCGUCGCUGGUGGCUGGUGCUGACAAGGCAGGCGGCGAUAGGAGGCGGGCUCGAUGGUGGUUCCGGGAUUUGGCAGUGUAUUUGAAGGGCAUUUGGGCUGGGCUGCUUGUUAGCAGUGCUGAUUGUGGUGUUGAUAGUGAUGCUGGUGGUGUUGUGCGGGAUAUUUCCGCUCCUGUUGCUUUUAUUUUCUCUAGCUUUGAUAAUGAUGUAUAG